AUGAUCACAGUGACUAAUUCAAAUGCUGGUGCUGAAUCAAAUGAUCAACAACAACAACAACAAUCACAACCAAUAAGCACAACCAUAACAAAUAGAAUGAAUCCAAAUCUUUCACAGCAACAACAAUAUCAAUCUCGGUAUAAUCAACAAGGAUGGGGAACAAAUAAUAGUAAUAGUGCCGAAUUGUAUCAGCAACAACCACAACAGUAUUCUUCUUAUUAUGAUCAAGCUAUGUAUGGUGGUCAAUACGAUCAAUUAGCAGCUACAAUGUAUGCUCAACAACAACAGCCACAACAAAUGUUAGGUGAUGGAACAAUACCGCAAGAAUCACCAAAAGGUGGCUAUGUUGUGUAUGUUUAUGGAAUUGGUCAACGAGCAACACAAGAAGAAUUAUUAAUGUUAUUUCAACAAUAUGGUCGUGUUCUACGUGUUGAUGUCAUUAUUGAUUUUAAUACAGGAUUAGGAAAAGGUUUUGCAUUUGUUGCCAUGGAACGAUAUCAAGAUGCUCAAUUAGCUAUACAAAGUCUUGAUCGUAUGCCAUAUCAUGGUAAACAGCUACAAGUGCGAUUCAAAGCAAAUUGA